GCGAAGACGCGUGAGCGACGCGACCAGCUUGAAUUCCGCUCAGCUAGAGAGGAAGGAGCUGCCACUCGGUAAUGGACGCCAAUAAAGGUAAAGGGGAUCAAGGGAUGCAAAAUCCAGGUGGGCAGAUGGACAGACCUGUCAGCUACCACUUCUUGGAAAGCAUGCUUCCCAAAGUAGUGAAGAGGCGAGUGCAUGCCUUGAAAAGGCUACAGGUGCAGUGUGCCAACAUCGAGGCUAAAUUCUACGAGGAGGUCCAUGAACUAGAGAGGAAGUAUGCUGCCUUGUAUCAGCCACUGUUCGAGAAGAGACGAGAAAUUGUCACAGGAACAGUGGAACCCACAGACGAAGAGUGUGAGUGGCACAGUGACAGAGAGGAAGAGGAGGAGCUAGCUGAGGAGGUAAAAGAAAAAGCUGCUAUUGAGGAUGCAAAGAAAGAGGAAGCCAUGCCAGAGGAAGAUCCAAAAGGUAUCCCUGAGUUCUGGCUUACCAUAUUCAAGAGUGUGGACAUGCUCAGUGACAUGCUACAGGAACACGAUGAGCCCAUCCUAAAGCACUUGAAAGAUAUUCAAGUGAAGUUUUCUGAGCCAGGACAGCCAAUGAGUUUUACAUUAGAGUUCCACUUUGAGCCCAAUGGUUACUUCAACAAUGCCGUCCUCACUAAAGUCUACAAGAUGAAGUCAGAGCCUGAUGCCUCAGACCCUUUCUCAUUCGAGGGGCCAGAGAUCAUUGACUGUGAAGGCUGUCAGAUAGACUGGCACAAGGGGAAGGAUGUGACAGUGAAAACCAUUAAGAAGAAGCAGAAGCAUAAAGGCCGUGGCACUGUCCGCACUGUUACUAAACAGGUCCCCAACGACUCAUUCUUCAACUUCUUUAAUCCUGUCAAAGCUUCACCAGAUGGAGAAAUGGAUGAAGACUCUGAGUUCACCCUAGCCACAGACUUCGAGAUUGGUCAUUUCUUCCGUGAGAGAAUAGUUCCCAGAGCAGUGCUGUAUUUCACUGGAGAGGCCCUGGAAGAUGAUGAGAGUUUUGAAGAGGAGGAGCUGGAAGAGGGAGAUGAAGAGGAGCAAGAUGAGGAGGGUGAUGAUGACGAUGAUGAGGGAGACUUUGACCCCAAGGCAUAAUCAUUCUCACCCCAUGCAUUUCUAGAAAGAACAGCCCCAGCCAGCCGAAUGCAAACAGCAGUAACCGGGGUGAUCAGGGGAGGCGGAGACCUGCUGUCCGUCAAAUCAGUUCUUAGCCAAUCAGCAAGUCCUCCUACUCUUGCAGGCUCUGCCCUUUCACAAACUCAUUUGAACGCAAUAGAACGCAAACCAAACUGUGUUUUUACUAUGUGCAUGACUUCUUUUUCUUUUGUCUUGCGCCCAUCUCACCCCCUUUUUAUUUGGCUUCAUUUGAACUCAAGGCGGGAAGUGACUUGACUCUGAUUGAAAUACCACGGCAUCACAUAGGGACAGUCGUCUUCUUUUGGUAAGCUGGAGUAGGUUACUACUGCCAAGAACCUCAGAACAUCGUAUGGAAAAAAAACGAUAGGAAAUUAAUGGUUCCCAACUUUAGUUUUCUUGGAAAUCAGUUACUCAGGGUUUUUUAAUGCCAACAAGAGAAGUGUAAGUUUACCAGGAAACUGCUGAACAAGUUUGACUUAAUCUUUCACUGGGGUCACUGCAGUGUUUUUCUUUUGUUAGGGUGUUUUUUAAGAGACAUACAAUGUAUCAUUUUGACUUUAAUUUACUUUUUUAAAUAUUCAUUGUCAUGUCAUUGGACUAUUUAUUCUGGUGUCAUGCAGCUGUACGAAGUGGUGCAUUUUGGGAACUCUUAAGGCCCAGACGCAGUAAUAGGCUCGUUCAUCACUGGCUCAAAUCUUAUUUGGGCAUAACAGGUCAGCAAAACGCGAAUACUGCCAACUCGUGUUUUUUUAAAAAAUCAAAAUGAAUCUCAAACAUUGAUCAAUUGUGUUCCGCUUUAAUACGGCUCACUUCUGCCCAGUUGUGUUGGGCUUAACAAGCAUUUAAACUGAGCACUCAAGUGAACACAUAACACUAAUUGAGAUCAUGGGACAAGGAUGUGCUCAUAUUUCAAAACUGUCAUAUGUCGCUCUUCUCCGUUUGCCCCAUCACCCCUGAAAAUGCUCUUUGAACUUGUUUUAACAAGGAUAAUAUGAACAAUUUACAAACUUGAGACAUUUGAAAAGCAGACGUUUCUGUCCACAUAGGUUGGUUUCAGCUUGUUGGAUUUUGCCAGCCCAAGCAUCACAUCCAGUCUGGUGAAUAUUUCCCUAAAAGAUGACGCAUUUAAGCAGACACAGUGGCUAAUCCGCAGCCUUACGUGGUUGUUUAUAAGAUAUCACUUCUGGUAUGUAUCUAGUUCUUAACAAGUGUCAUUUAAAGUCAGUGAUUGGGACAGUGUGAGGGUGUUUGGAUCAAAUGCAAAUUCUGCUGCCAACAAGCCAAAAUGAAAGACGAAACCCACCGUCCUCUUUUAUUUAAUUGUUUGCCAAUUGUCAUUAACACAGUGUAAUCUAAUUCUGCAUUUAAAGUUGUUAAAGAAUAUAUAUAUAUUUCUGUUAUUGUCUAAUGAUUCAGUAGAAUGUCUGUGGAAAACAAUUAGAAGAGGUUGCCAAUGUAUUUUAUAUACUGCACUUGGAUUUCGGCCGUUUGGUUGGACACCUCUGCCUGGUGACUGGUCAGCGUUAACAGCCACAGUGAAAAUAAUGCCCACCCCCUCUCUCUUUUUAAAAAGAACGAUUGUAGAUCUUGUUGGACAGAUCUCUCAGAGCCACGGUUGACAUCUUCAGAUCUACCACAUUGGACCGUGUGCUAGCAAUGGCCUUAACUGGUUCUUAUUCACAAUUUGUUACUUGCGCAAUAUUUCUUUUCGAUUUGUACAGAGUUAGUUAAAAUAUUCUAUUAAAGUUGUGCGACAUGGA